GUUCCACACGGCUGUCCCUCGCCAAAUCCUUUUGCGUCCAUUAAGUAGCUGCUCGUAAAUUAUUCGAGAUUUGAUUUGCCGACUAUUAAAAAUAUAUUAGAGUAUAGUUCGUUCGAUUAUAUGUUAAUUAAUUUACAUUUUGAUUUUGCUUUUCAUCUUAUAUAAGUUUUUCCUUUCAUAACAUUUAAAUUAACUUCCUUUCUAUAUCUCAAAACAUUUUGGACAAAAGGAGAUUCCAUUCUCGAUGUAACGAUAGUGUUUUUUCCUUGUCGACUAUGAUUCAACAUGUUGCAAUUUUUUUCUUUUUCAAAAAAUAAAUAAAUUAUGUUGCAAUUUUUACCCUUAAAAAGCACAUGUUGUAAAAUUUCAGAGAUACAAAUGAACUUAAUAAAAUCACAGCAUCUACGAUUCUAAAUAAAUAAACAAAUAAAUAAAAAUCAGAUCAUCUAUAAUAGUGGAUCAGCCAUAUCUUUUUAUUUAGGUGAAUUCAAAGAGAUCAUAUUGUUAGAAUUUUGUGAAAUUGGCGAGUGACAGAAAAGCAAAAGCCAAGCAAAGAGCAUCAGAUCCAUCAACACUUUUCCCAUUUGAAAGCGGAAAACGAAUAAAGAAUUUUAAAAGACCAAUUUUGGGGUUUCUCGCCUUCCUUAACGAGUAACGUAGAGGUAAAAUUUUGCAAAUUCUCCCCCGUUUGUCGCGCAGAGAGAGAGAGAAUGGUGAAGAUCACGGCGCUGAUGGUACUGAAAUGCACUCCGGAGGGUGCGGAUCCGGUUAUAUUGGUGAACGCCUCGGAUCUAAGCAGUUUCGGAUUUUUCCAACGCCCCAGCGUUAAGGAGUUCAUUAUUUUCGUGGGUCGGACCGUAGCUAAACGGACGCCGCCCGGCCAACGGCAAUCGGUGCAGCAUGAAGAAUACAAGGUUCAUUCUUAUAAUCGAAAUGGCUUGUGUGUAUUGGGGUUCAUGGAUGACCACUAUCCCGUCCGAAGUGCGUUUUCACUGCUCAAUCAGGUCUUCGAUGAAUAUCUAAAGAACUUUGGUGAUUCAUGGAAAUCUGUUCAAGCUGAUAACGCUCAACAAUGGCCUUAUCUAAGCGAGGCACUUGCCAAAUUUCAGGAUCCCGCUGAGGCUGACAAGCUGUUACGAAUCCAGCGGGAGUUGGAUGAAACUAAAAUUAUUCUUCACAAAACUAUUGACAGUGUGCUAGAACGAGGUGAGAAGCUUGAUAGCUUGGUCGAGAAGAGUUCAGAUCUCAGUGCAGCUUCUCAGAUGUUUUACAAGCAGGCGAAGAAGACCAAUCAAUGUUGUACUGUAUUGUAAAUGCUUGAUAAAGGAGGGGAUUAUCUCAUUCUCAUACAUGGAUGGCUAAGUUGUGUUGAUGAAUUGAUAAAUGUGAAGUUUGGCAGUGUUUAUAUUACUUGUGUAAUGUUGUGAGGCUCAAAUCUUUGGUUGUUCCUCCUAUAUCUCUGUUAUCACAUUGGGAAAAGGUUAAAUCAUGUUGGCAAAUUGGCAGUGGUUGUGCUGUUACAAUGCGACAUUGGUGUUCUUUUUUAUAGCUUUAAUCAGCUUACUUAUGUUGAUUGAUGCUACAGUCAAUAUAUAUUAGAUUUAAUUGCUCAAA